AUGGAUUUCCUACAGCUCGCACCAACGCAUCUUCUGGCGAUACUACUCAGCAGUACCAGCGCAUUAUUUGUUAUCACGUAUCUCCUCCGUUCAGGACAUCGACCUGCAGAGCUCCCAGACGGUCCUCCAACCGUUCCACUUUUUGGAAAUGAACUGCAGGUGCCAAAAUCAGAUGCACAUUUCCAGUUUUCCCGGUGGGCGAAGGAAUAUGGUGGCUUUUUCACGCUGAAGCGAUAUAACAACACCACCAUCGUCAUCAGCGACCAGAAACUGAUCAAGACGCUUCUGGACAAAAAGAGCAACAUAUAUUCCCACCGACCGGCAUCCUUGGUAUCUCACCUGAUCACACAGAGUGACCAUCUCCUGGUCAUGCAGUAUGGGGAGCGAUGGCGCAUGCUACGUAAAACCAUCCAUCAAUACUUCAUGGAACCCCGCUGCGAGCGCGACCACUGGAAAGUCCAAGAGGCGGAGGCCAAGCAGAUGCUACAUGACUUUCUGACCAUGCCAGAGGAUCACAUGCUGCAUCCCAAGCGGUACAGUAACAGUAUCACCAAUUCGCUUGUGUUUGGUAUUCGCACCAAAACCAUCCACGAUGACUACAUGAAGAAGCUUUUCUACCUGAUGGAAAAAUGGUCCUUGGUGCAGGAGCUUGGCGCUACCCCGCCUGUUGACUCGUUCGCUCUGCUGCGCUAUGUGCCCCAGUGGCUGUUGGGCAACUGGCGAAAUAGGGCGGUCGAAGUGGGUGAUCUAAUGCAGGACCUGUACCAAACUGUGCUAGACCAAGUUAAGGAGCGCCGCCAACGGGGUAUUCAGCGCGACUCCUUCAUGGAUCGGGUUCUAGAUACACUGAAACAGACUCCGCUCUCCGAUAAUGAGCUACGGUUCCUAGGAGGAGUUCUGAUGGAAGGAGGGUCUGACACUUCGUCCUCGCUUAUAUUGACCAUUAUCCAGGCCAUGACGAAAUAUCCAGAAGUGCAGGCAAAGGCUCAUGCAGAAAUCGACUCCAUUAUCGGAUAUGACCGCUCCCCGGCUUGGGCUGACUGGUCCAAGCUGCCCUAUAUCAACAUGAUCAUUAAAGAGUCCCACCGGUGGCGUCCGGUCAGCCCCUUGGGCGUUCCCCACGCCGUCGCUGAAGAUGACCACAUCAAUGGGAAACUCAUUCCGCAAGGAUCGAGCAUCGUUCUCAAUGUCUGGGGCAUGCAUCAUGACAGUGACCGAUGGCAGGAACCAGAACAUUUCCAGCCUGAACGCUUCGCAGAGUUCCCAGCCUUGGCCUCAACCUACGCAGCGUCCGAACGGCGUGAUCACCUUGGUUACGGGGCGGGCCGGCGCAUCUGCCCGGGCAUUCACUUGGCGGAGCGUAACUUGAUCAUUGGUGUUGCCAAGCUGCUCUGGGCCUUCGAGUUCCUCGAGCCACCCGGAAGCGACAGUGACAUUUCAGCUCACUCUGGCGCUAGUAAAGGAUUUCUUCAUUGCCCCAAGGACUAUGGAUGUGCCAUCCGUCUGCGUUCCCCCGAGAAGAGGGCGACGAUUAUGCGGGAAUUUGCCGAGGCGCAAGAGGUAUUCGCUCGAUUUGAUUAG